AACGAAAAUAUUUAUCGUUAUUGAAAUUUCGCGAGACGUCACUCAUAACAACACAGCAACAAUAUGGCGGCUAUGGUUAGGCUGCUUGAACAAACCGACGGUAUAGUCGAAGAUAGUUAUCAGAGAAAAAAUGUUGCUGAGCAGGAAAGGCUGAAUGAGUUUGCGGCAUCUGUAAAAAUACAAGCAUGGUUCCGUGGAUCACGGAUCCGAUGUUACAUGAAACACCUUAACAGAAGUGCCACAGUCAUUCAAAAAAGAUGGAGGGGGUUUAUGGGCAGGCAGUUCUUUAGACUAUAUGUCAAGAACUGCGUGCUGGUGAUGAAACUCAACUUCUACAACCUGCAGGCCACCAAGGUACAGAAGGUUUGGCGUGGAUACUACGUCAGAAAGUACGUCUUCAACUACUAUAGUAGGAAGAGGUACCUGGAAGCCUUGGUCGUGAAGAAUGAAAUCAUCAGAAACGAGCUGGAGGAAUAUGCAGAGCAGCAAGAACAGAACAGGCGGCGUCAGAAGGAGGCCAAGGAAAAGUCAACACAGGAGCGCCUUGCCCGCAAAUACCACUACCUGAUCAGCACUCAUGUCAUACCUGGGGUGUUUAACUCUCCAUUCCAGCCGUUCCCUAGUGAGAUGGAGUAUGCCCUGGCCAGUGUGAAGCCCCUUGUCCACAAGCGCAGGGCGGUCAGUGAGAACCCCUAUGACCCAGGCUGGUCAAGCUACGGACAUGAGCUGCCCAAAGCCCCACAAUUACCGCCCUUGGUCAACAAACCACAGUAUUCCAUGCCUGAAAGAAAACAAGGCCCGUUCCGAAUGCCGGAUGAAGUACAGCGGCAGCGUUACAAGUCGUUCCAGCCUAGCCUGCGCGUGGCCACGUCGUUCACAGCUCUUGAGGAGGCCAGAGAGAGGAUGAAGGCAGAGGAGUGGGUCACCAGGAUCAAUGAUGACAUCUUUGUCCCGUUUACAAAACGCGACAGCCAGUACGAGCCCCUGUUACACACCACAUCGUCCUAUGGACACCUCCCGUAUGGCACAAGAUAUUUCAGGGAAGAGUUCCUCGACCGACAUGUCACAAGAAUGGUAUCCCCUUCUGAUCCCUAUAAAGUGUAUUACGUGCCAUUCAAGACAGUUGUUCCACCCAUCCCAGUUUUUGAGAAACUCAAUGACACAUAUUCCCAGGGGCAAGUGUGAGAGAGGAUACCAUGAAACGGAAUACUUUGUGAUAUUUUUACAUAUGUAUAUUUUCUAUGAAAAUGCUGUCACUGGUUGUGUUAAUUACAUCAUCUUAAACUGUAAUAUUGGUAUUUUGUAGAAAUGUGUUGAUAUUGGUUGAUGAAAUAGGAAAACAAAGUUGUUUUGUUUUACAUAAACUUUAAUAUGUAAUAUUGUUUAGAAAAUACUAAAAACAUAGUUCAUCUAAAUCUCAAUUUGCAUAACAGUGAAAAAAAAGAGUGUUAAGUACCGAAUGUUAAGAAUGUCAAUACCUAAUGAUACGAUUUUAUGGCAUGUUCUAUUGACAAGCAGGGGGAACUGAUUGAAGCUGUAACAAGAAUGAAUCAAGUGAACGUUUACUAAGAAGUCAUUAAGGUAGUGCACCUCUAAUGAUUUCCCGCGAUUUCUUCGAAGGAUGAAGAGCCUACUAUUAGGUGCCGUAGCCUAGUGGUUAAGGCGAUAGACUAGAAAUCUUUCGGGAUAUUCCCGCGCAGGUUCGAAUCCUGCCGACGACGUAUACUUUUUUGCGACGCGUUUUAUUUAUUUUCUAACGUAAUUUGAUUUAAUAUGGCAUAUAAGCUAUAUUUAUUGUUAAAUAUGUUGCAAUUUUUAUGCACAGUUUUCAAUUAUUAAAAUUAAAACAACGUUAUGGCGAAAUUGGGUGAUUUACUGUUGAAAAUACGAACCAUGCAUGUUGCAUUUUUAUUUUUAUUUCAAAAAGUAAACAGUAAAUCUGUCUAGUUCUUGGUAUUUUUGCUGUAUAUAGUGUUUCUAUAAAAACUAAGUUUAAAAUAUGACUUAAAUGAUACUAUUUUGAAUUUUAUGACACUUUGUUUUUAACCGACCCAAUUUUUACUUGGCUGAAAUCACUUACAUUUCAUGGUGCUCUUCCAUAGAUAAAAAUUUGUAAAAAAUAAAUGUCUGUAAAAGAAUACUUAUUUCAUCUUGUUUAAACUUUAAACACCUUUACAGCAUCUGUACACACCAACUGCAUGCCCAUAUUUGGAAAUUUGAAUGAAUUAUGGAACUUUUAUAUACCCCAGGGGUGAAAAUAAACUGGACAAAAGCCGAGCGUGGGGGUGGUUUUGAAAAAAUCGGUAUAUUUUUUUAAAAAGCAUGGAAAGCCUACCUACAAAUUUGCAUGUAGUUCAGUGAAAUGAUGCUGAUUAAGAAAAUAAUUAAUUAGAUUAUAUUUGGAUAUGUGCCCAUUAGAGGUGCACUACCUUAAUAACAGAAUUUACCUUAUGCUUAUACUUGUGUGGGUCUCAAAACCAUAAAAGCCAUACCAUAGAACCAACAUUUUCACAAAUGGAAAUCAUAUGCAAAAUAAUCUGCAAUAUAUUCGUUGAAUACCCUUAAAUGUUUCAAAGUGUUUACCUAAUCUACAGAAAAUAAUAUGUGGCAAAGCUUGUAGUGUGUUUGUGAUAUUUAAUGAUUGCAAAUACAUACAACAAAGUAACAACGGAGGCGAGUAUUUGUGGCAUAUCAUGGAAUGGUGUUUAGAUUCUGGCCAUCGUGAAGUCACUUUUGAUCAGAAUUACGUAAGCCAUUUUUCUGCUGGAAAAUGGAUUCAUGCUUAUGCUAGAAUAAGACUUAGUUCUCAAGGCUUCUAAAAUAUUCUUUAUAACAUACACAGUAGUCUGGGUUUAGGUAAAGCUGACUUUACAGUCUGAUUCUCCAACUACAUGUAUUUUGUAAUAUAGGGGAUGUUUAGUUAUGUUCAUGAACCUAAUUUUCUCAUUAUCAGACUGGAUUGUAGAUUAUUGUCUCAAGCAUCAACACUGUCACUAUUUAUGUGUGAUUAUAAUUUGUGUGUUUCACAUUGACAGCAAAUUAACCGAAAAUGAGUGACUGCAAGAAUCAAUGGGUAAAGAGCAUUAGCUUCAUGAUCAUAAAAUGGGUUGAGUUUGUAUAGAUUUAAUUUUUUCUGAAGUGUAAUGAAGCUUUUACAUUUGUAAUUUGUAUAUUCUAACAGUGUUUGUUUAAUCAACAAGGUACUUACCAAGAAUCUGUUUUAUUUGAUUGAGUUAUUAAGCCUAUAUUUGUACACACCAUUUUGCAAGGUAAUUUGUAUUUGAGAACUGAAUUCUGGCUAAUGAAUGUAUAUUACUUGUAAACUCCUUAGUCUUGUUCGGCAUUUAUCUUUGCUUUGAACAUUUGUAGACAUUGUGUGUGUACAUUUAAACAUAAUUAUGAUUAAAUUCUGGCUUUUGUACAGUAAAAAUUUGAUAAGCUAAUAGGGUCUUAACUGUACAUAUUUAUUGUUACUAAUACAUGUUGGUGGACUUAUAUUUAAAGAUUAUAUUUAUCAGUGAGUAUCAAUGUACAUUAAUGCACUCUUCCUUUACUAUCCGUCCAUGUCAUGAAUUCAUGAUUUUGUUAAUAAAACUACAGAUACAA